AAAAAAAAAAAAAAAGUUUGAUGCAAUUGAUUGCCGAAAUAUGUGUUUAUGUGAAGAAUUAAGUGCUACCGCAGCAAUAAAGUUAUGUUGUGAGUUCAGCGACAGGAAGACAACUGUACCUUUUGGGUAUAAUGAUGUUGGGCAUCGUUAUAGCAUUAGAUAAUCGAUGCAGAAGUAGGCAUACCUUACGCAAGUGGCCUUGUAAUUUCAUAUUUUGCAAUGGAAGUCAAUUUCGGACCAUGUGUAGGCCGAAGUACGGUUGAAGAGUACAGCAACGAGUAAGUGCUGGGAAAAUGUAUUUGUUGAAUCAAGCUACAUCGUAACAGCGAGCGAAAUAUUUCAUCUUUUCACGGCUUUUGGAAGUGCAGCAUGAAUUCGUUCGUGGGAAAAUUAUCGACCAUCUCUCGGAAGUAUCCUCUUCUUCGUGGGAUGGCUUCCUAUGCUGUCAUUUGGCCAGCAUCAUCAUUGUGUCAGCAGACUAUAUCGGGCAAGGAACACUACGACUACAUGCAGGUGCUUCGAUAUGGCUUGUUCGGAACUUUAUUCGUGGCGCCUACCUUACAUACUUGGAUGAAACUGGCGGCAGAAAUGUGGCCAAGCAUGACUGUGAAAUCUGCUAUUGCAAAGGCAGUAGUUGAACAGUUUUCUUAUGGACCAGCUGCUUGUAUUUGUUUCUUCUAUGGUAUGAGCCUUCUUGAAGGAAAAUCAAUGAAAGAAGCUGCAUUUGAAGUUCAAACAAAAUUUGUUCCAACAUACAAGUAUGGAGUUCUCAUCUGGCCUGUUGCUGCAACCAUCAACUAUACAUUUGUGCCUGAAAGAAACAGAGUUCCUUUCAUAAGUUUAUGCAGUUUUCUUUGGACCAACUUCUUGGCAUUCAUGAAAGAAUUGGAAGCGAAACGUCUUCUUCAACUGAAAAAACCACUUUAAUGUUUUCUAGCCACAACAAAAUAGUAUUUAUAAUUAUUAUCAGCUUGUAAUAUAUAUGUGUAUGAAACAUUCCUGAUAAAUUUCUCAUAAAACAAAAAUAACAUUGCAAGAGAUUGCUGUUAUAUUGUUUUACCAGAUAAAAAAUUUCCAAAUGGUGACAGGUAAUUCUCUUUUUUUAACAUCACUUAAAAUACAAAUAGCUAGUGAUAGCUAUUGUUUGUUUCUGUAUGAUGGAAUUCAUAAGCAGUUACAUGUAUGUUAGUAAGAAGAAAACUAAAAUAGUGUGUAUUUAUUGGAGAAAAAUUUACCUGAAGUUGGCUCUAACAAUUUUUGAACUUAGUAAAUAAUUGCUUAAAACCCUAAUUGUUAAAUCCAGCAAUAUGUAGUGGUGACCACAGAAUUAUGUUCAGAUAUGUGAUAUUACUGUAUUAUUAAUUUUAUUACCAAUUGUGUGUGUGUGUGUGUGUGUUUAAUAUCAUGAUUUAGAAAUAAAUCUGUAGUCACUACCUAUAUUUUAACAACAUGGAUUGUUGUCCCUUGGUAUCAGUUUCAUGUAGCACAGUUAAUAUGUUGUUUACAACUUGAAUGAAGUCAUACUGUUCCUUGCAAUGCUGAUAUUGCCUGUUUUGAAGUAUUCAAAGAAAUCUCAUUGAAUAAGUGUCACCAGUAUUAAAAAAAUUUUGACAUACAUUAGCACAAAUACAUUUGUUGAUUACA